AUGAAUAGUAUAUUUAAGAAAGAAAGGAUUGGUUUUACUUUUACUAUCAUUCAGCAAUUAAUAUUUACAUGUAUAUUCUGCAAUCUGGUAAAUUCUCAUGUAAAGAUUUUGUAUCGUCCAUUCUCCUUUUCAAAUGUCUUUUUUAAACCAUCUACAUUAUUUUACAUUUUAUCGAUUACGCUGCCUGUUUAUUUGAAAUAUUUAUCGAGAUCCAGAAAUAUCCCUUUUUUAGUGCUAUGUGGUGGUUAUACAUUAUCUACACUAUUUUUCACUACCCACUUCCCCACUAGAACAUUUAUAUUUGCUGAUAGCAAAAGUAAUUCAUUUUUUAUUUUUAAGAAAAUACUAAUUAAUAUUAUUUUUUGUAUAAAUUUUUCUAUGUGUUUGAUUAAUGGAACUAUUUUAGCUUUUGAUACUAAAAAAUCAGUAUUUGAAUUUACAAAAAUUGAAGGUAUUUUUAAAUACUUUGCGCUUUGCUCUAAAAAAAUGCUUAACAGAAUUCUUAAUCUAUGGUUCAUCAACUUAAGCAUUUUCUGUGCUUUUUUAUUUAGCUAUGUUUUUUGUCUUGGAUUUUUAGUUAAUUUUAUAUUAAUAUUUAUAAGGUGUGAAUUGGUGAAUACUGGUAGAAUAUUUAGUAAUUUAAUAAUGUUAAGUUUUUCACUGCUGAUGUAUUUAUUUUUUAUAGAAUUUUUUGAUAGAUUAUUAAUAUUUAAUUUAAGUAUAAAAUGUAAACAACUGAUGAACUUUUCAUCUGAUACAAAUGUUUUUAUACGUAGAUAUACAUUUUACCAUGUAUCUAAUCUUUCUACAAAGUAUACAUACGUUUUUAAUAGUUUAUGUAGAAGUAAAACAGAUUUAUUUAAUUUAUUUAGUUAUAUAGAGAAAGAAUGCGCAUUUGUUAAAGAAGUAUGUAAAAAGAUUAUUGAAGAAUAUCAGAUACUUGAUAGUAGAUUGUAUAUGACUAUACCGCAAGUGAAUGUAAAUGGUAGUUAUAUUGUUAAAAAGUAUAAAAAUUAUAAUUUUAUCUAUGCAUUUUUCUAUAAAUUGUAUUUUAAUAUAAAAAUUUUUAUGUUACGUGUAGAAUUUAGAAAAUGUAUAAAGUAUAUGGAAGAUAUUAAUCAGUAUAUGAACUAUUUACUAAAACAGAGGGAUUAUUAUAUGUUACUUGGUGAUGUUGAUAAGAAAUACACGGAAAUUUAUGAAAAUUUAAUUGAAGAAAUAAGGAAUGUAGAAGAAAAGUGUAGAAUUGAUCUUAAAGUGCGUAUAUAA